UAUCUGCUUAUGCUGCAUAUUUAUAUUUGCUUUUAUUUAUAUUAGAAAAACGUAAUAUCACGUUCCUGUAUACUUUAAAAACUUGUCGGUGACAAAUAUGUAACCGCCAUGCCUGCUAACCUCUAGAAAUCAUUCAGCCUUCUUUCCCAGUGCUCCGUGAUAGAGACUUGUUUUGUUGCAAGUUCUCAUUGGAAACGUGGCGAAGGAUUAUGAAAGCAAUACGGGAUGUGAAAGCAAUACGUCAUGGUUGACUUGAUUAGAUACAGACCGUAGAGAGUGUAAGGAAAUGGUACCCCAAGAAAAAUCCACAUCGUUACACGUUUAAAAAGAUUUUAAUGUAAUACGCGAAUAUAACAACCACAAUUUUACAUAGGUUGUAUUACAAUUAGUAUCAAGUAUUUGCCCCACAACGCCUGGCAGCCGGAAGGUACAAUGCUGCCCAGGACCAUUCUAGUUGUGCUGUUGUUGGGGCUGAUUCUGUGGCCUGACGGGUCGCAGUCAUGGCGUCGGCGGCGCCGCAGACGAUGUCCCGUCCGCGACUGCCAGUGGAGCCUUUGGACAAGCUGGUCUAGCUGCUCUGCGUCUUGUGGCCCAUCAGGUACCAGGGUGAGAACAAGAUCUAAAGCCGUCGAAGCUCAGUGUGGAGGUAGUAGCUGUAGCGGGUCGAACAGGGAGACUCGGACCUGCAACAGAAUCUGUUACAACGGAGGCUACGUGUACGGCGGUCGCUGCAGCUGUCGGUCGGGGUACACGGGGACCUGCUGUCGAAGUGACGUCAACGAGUGCAGAAGCAGUAACGGUGGUUGUGACCACACCUGUUACAACACACAAGGGAGUUUCUACUGCCGCUGUAGGUCUGGCUAUAGUUUGUCAGGCUCCACAAGAUGUGUGGACAUUAACGAGUGCAGAAGCGGUAACGGUGGUUGUGACCACACCUGUUACAACACACAAGGGAGUUUCUACUGCCGCUGUAGGUCUGGGUACAGUCUGUCAGAUUCCACAAGAUGUGUGGACGUCAAUGAGUGCAGAAGCAGUAACGGUGGUUGUGACCACACCUGUUACAACACACAAGGGAGUUUCUACUGCCGCUGUAGGUCUGGUUACAGCCUGUCAGGCUCCACAGGAUGUGCGGAUGUCAAUGAGUGCAGAAGCAGUAACGGUGGUUGUGACCACACCUGUUACAACACACAAGGGAGUUUCUACUGCCGCUGUAGGUCUGGCUAUAGUUUGUCAGGCUCUACAAGAUGUGUGGACGUCAACGAGUGCAGAAGCAGUAACGGUGGUUGUGACCACACCUGUUACAACACAGAAGGGGGGUUCUACUGCCGCUGUAGGUCUGGCUAUAGCCUGUCAGGCUCCACAAGAUGUGUGGACAUAGACGAAUGCACCAGUCACAUCGGACGCUGUGACCACAUCUGCACCAACACUGCAGGGAGUUACAGCUGUUCCUGUAGGCCUGGGUACCGUCUGUCGGGCUCCAGGAUUUGUGUUGACAUCGACGAAUGCAGAGGCAACAAUGGCGGAUGUGAUCACAUGUGCAUCAACACCGUGGGCAGCUACUCCUGUGCCUGCAGAGAGUAUUAUCACAUGACGUCCUCUGGGACUUGUGAAAAAAGCGACACGUCUUCAGCCAACUACACGCCUUCAGACAACAAUGCGACCACAGAAAGCCAUACGCCUACUUAUCUCGUUGCCCUUGAAGGCAUUGGAAGCUCCUUUCUUGUCAUCGUCGUUAUCAUUGUUAUAUACAAAGUUCUCAAAAAGAUCUUGACAAGCAAGUGGAACAUUCGUCUAUGUAAUGACAAAUCCCCACCCCCUUAUGAAUUGCAGACAUAGGUCAAGUAAUAGUCAAGCAGUUAGAAUGGGACAAAACAGUAGUUAAAUGUGAGUUUGCAUGAUGUGUGAUAUGCUUUCUUACCUAGGCAAUAAUUAUAUCAUGUAAGAGUGCAAGCAAUUUCAGUACCUCGUCUGAUAAACAUUUGCUUAAUGUAUUUUCCAAUUUACACCAAUUGAAUGAGCGAUAACACUCUUGCACUUUUCAGAUAUAAUCAUUUUACUAUAUAUUAGCAAUAAAGUCGAAUAGUACUAGUGACGUCGUAAUGUUGCAUAACUGAGCAUAGCUUCACCGACAUCGCGGAUGACCUGUAAACGGUAAAUGACGUCUCUUCCGACCGAGGUGAACACGGCAUUCUAUCCUAGCGACCUUGAGGAGAUAUUUGAUUCGGGAAGUUAAUAGAUGGAGGCAGGCAGUCACGGUGGAGCUUUGAAACUUUCUGUUUAUCGUAACUGAGGGUCACACCGUAUCAGGGUAUCAGUUUUGAACGGCAUUGAAAACGCUGUGUAUACAACAUAUACCUGCCUAUUCAGCAAACCUCGAGCAACAUAUCUUGAACAAGUGCCGUGUAUAUGCAACACAUUUGUAGACCUGACUUGAGUCAAGGUCUAUUUUUGCGUUGCCCUGUUUACCUAAGACUUUAGGUCUUUCCCAACCUAGACUGUUUAUCAAGACGUCAUUCGUCCCAAUUGACGGUCCACUGGACGACAGUAUAUCCUCUCCAAGCAGAAACGUGGCUUACGUUUUUUCUGUGCUCUAGGGCAGACUGAAGUCAUUCUUGGGAUAAUUGUGUUGCACUAAAA